AUGGCCGACGGCUGCAACGUGGCAGAUGCCAACGACCUGGCAUACCAAUUCGAAGGCAGCAUGAGACUCAGACCGUCCGAAGAAGAGUCCCUCAAUAUCGCACAGUACGAUCUUCGCGCCAAACUUGGCAACAACGGCGUGAACGCCGUCCCUCCUCCUGGCUAUCGUUUCUGGCAGUUCAAGACCGCGCAUGGCUUCAAGAAGAUGCGGCCGCGGGACGGCAUACGCUACAUCGAUCCCGCCAGCGUAGACCACGUCUUCGCAGGCGGCCAGCGCACCAGUCACCUCGUCGACGCCUUCAAGCUGAGCGCCGUCGUCGACAACGAAAAGUACAGCUUCGCCUACAUCGACAAGAAGACGGCAGAGAUCAUCACCGAGAUGACCAAGCACGUCUCGAAGUUCGACCCGAAGCGUCCGGUGGGCUGGAUCCGGUACGCCAUCGACAAGGUGCCCGUCCUGCGCCGUCCGGGCGUCAACCCCUUCGUCACGCUCGAGCUCACGGUCCGGCUGGUCCGGGGCCGCCAGAACGGGCUCCGCGAGCCGCUGCCCGGCGGCCAGGGACCCUGUCAGACGGCGUUGGCCGUCGAUGCGUUCCUUGCUGACAUGGCGCGGCCGCGCGGCCUCUUCCAGACGGUCUUUCCCGACUAUGGCGGUCUGCUUCAUGGAUUGGAUGCUGAGGAGAAUGUGCUUGGAAGCGUGGGGGCGGAUGGAAAGGUUGUCACGUUGGAUGAAGGCCCUGCGGCUGUUGAUUACAUCUGGACGUCGAAUGACGAGGGAGAGGGCAAGGCGAAGGGCGCCGGACGUGGAGGGGGCGACGAGGACUAUGACGAGGGCAUGGAGGAUGACUUGGACGCGUUUGACGACCAGAUAGAGGACGAGAACGACGCAUAA